AGAAAAAAGAAAGAGGUAUAGCAAGAGUGCAUUAUAGUCAUCGUUAUCAUCACAAUGCUCUGAAGUUUAUAUGAGUGAGUAGUCUCACUGCUUACCCUGUCAAACUAGGACUAUUCUUGUUACGCCUGAAUCUUAUCGUCUACAUCUCCAUGGAGUUACUUCAGUUUUUCUGGUGAAAAUUUGAUAAAAUUGAAAUUUUAGAUUACUAUCCAGUCAUUAUUCUGUAGACAACAACAACAUGAUGGAUCCUAAAUCCUUAUUACUGGCUGCUGCUACAGGAUGUGCAAGUGCUGUUGGUUAUUACUCUUGGCAAAAAGCUGUUAAACCUUUUGCAAAGAAUACUUAUUUUGAUUUGAAACAGAUAGCUAUGGGAAUGAAAAUAUUCAAAAAGAGUCAAGAGAUAUUGGUUUCUAAAGAUAACUUUAUUUCUGUCUUUGAUAAAACACUAUCAUUAUACCCUAAUAAAACAAUGCUUAUCUUUGAGGGGAAACAUUAUACAUAUGAUUACGUAAACAAAAUGGCUUCAAGAGUAGGAAACUAUAUGUUGUCUUGUGGUAUGAAACAAGGAGAUGUUGUGGCAAUCUACCUUACCAAUUCUCCACAGUUUAUUUGGACCAUUUUGGGUCUUAUAAGAGUUGGCUUAAUACCUUCAUUGUUGAACUUUAAUGUUCAGGGCCAGGGUUUGGUUCAUUGUAUCAAAGUCUGUGAACCUGUUUGCAUUAUUGCUGAUAGUGAUCCUAAUAUGCAACGGAACUUACAACACGUCUAUCCUGAAUUGAACAAUAUUCCAGUUUAUAUAAUUCAAACAUAUGAUAUAUUCUAUCCUCCACUUGAAAUUUCCUGGACUGAUUUUGAUGAUAUUUUGGCUAAAUCUUCUGAUGCUCAAAUUGACCCUGCAAUAGCUAAUUCAAUUGGUUCUUUAAAAUGUGCCAUGUAUAUUUACACUUCUGGAACAACAGGACUGCCCAAGCCAUGUAUUCUUACACAUGUGAAAUGUCGCAUGAUUUGUGUAUUAGCUGGCUUACUACAGAUAACUCAUCAUGAUAUCAUCUAUAACACGCUGCCCUUCUACCACACAUCUGGUCUUCUUCUUGGAAUGUUUUUAAAUAUUUAUGCUGGUACAACCACUGUAGUGAAAAGAAAAUUCUCUGCAUCUACAUUCUGGGAUGAUAUUGAGAAGUACAAUGCCACUGUUGUACUUUAUAUUGGUGAAUUAUGUCGUUUUGUAUUGGCUCAGCACAACAAGAAUAAGAAGAUAUCUCAUAAGGUGAGAUUGAUGUAUGGAAAUGGUCUUGGUAUAGAUAUUUGGGAAACGUUCCAGAAAACAUUCCGUAUUCCUAACAUUUAUGAAUUAUAUGGUGCUACUGAAGGAAAUUGUUUUCUGAUAAAUUUUCAAAACAGAUGUGGUGCAGUUGGUCGCUUGAGUCCAUUACUUAACAGGUUGAACCCUGCGAAAAUGUUCCUGGUUAAGUAUGACCUUGAUGCUUGUCAGCCUUUGAGAAAUUCUGAAGGUCGAUGCAUCCCAGUAGAAAUAGGUGAGGCUGGCCUCUUACUGGGAAAAGUGGUGCCAGAACAUGACAUACCACUGUAUAAAGGUAAAAAAGAAAUGUCUGAUGCCAAAUUUGUGUUCAAUGUUAUGGAGGAAGGUGACAAAUACUUCAACACUGGUGAUCUUCUGUAUUCAGACAAUGACUACUUUCUUUACUUCAAAGACCGCAUUGGUGACACUUUUAGAUGGAAAGGAGAGAAUAUUUCUACAUUAGAUGUUGCUAACGUUAUUAGAAGCCUAGAUUUCAUAGAAGAUGCUAAUGUAUAUGGCGUUAAAGUUCCAGGUCAUGGUGGCAGAGCUGGUAUGGCAUCUCUAAAAUUAUAUGAUGGAAUUAAUAUGACUAAUGAGCGGUUUAGAAAGAUAUAUGAUUAUUGUAAGAGGAACCUUAUAUCUCAUGCAGUACCGCUAUUUUUGCGAAUACAAGACAAUAUGGAACUAUCUGGAACAUUCAAGCAGCAGAAGAAAAAGCUCCAAGAAGAGGGUUUUGAUCCUAGUGUUGUCACCGAUUCAUUAUAUUAUAUUGACCAUUCCAUGCAGACUUACUUACCUUUGACAGAAAAUAUGUUUAAGAAUAUUAAUUUUAAGAAAAGUAAAUUAUAGUGUAUUUUAUCAUGCAAAUUGUUACCGGUGAAUUGUAAACCUGUGGUUGUAAGCUGUGAUUGUUAGUUACCUGUGGUUGUAAGCUGCGAUCAGAUGCAAUAUUAAAGAAAAAAUGUUGGGGUUCUGUUGAAGUAUGGAUGACCAAUUUUGAUGAUUUGGAGUAAAAUGGUAAAAUGGUUUGAUAACAGUGGUGUUAAUUCAUGUUAAUACAUGAAGCAAUCAAUUCAACCCUUGAAACCUCUAGAUUUGAAAGAAAAGAAAAGUGUGGGGUAACCAUACCAUCCCCUUCACAUUG